AUGUGCAGUCGUGGUUGGUACUUGUGUAAAGACUGUCACCCAUUUGCCCCCCUGGAAGCGCCAGUGGUUGGGGUCCGCCAGCACCACUUCUACGAACACGUUGUAGUGGGCGGUGGGAUUGAGUCCGUUUAUGUUGAAACUCAAGAAAGGAAACAUGCGUCUGUGCAAGGGAACAGAACCAGGAGAUUUAAAUCGGAACGCCUGGGCACAGGCCCACGCUCAAGGACGACAUUUAGAAGUCUACAGACGAACAGAAUACCGGUCGGGCCUAACCCACUACCCGGACCAGCCCUCGUUGCCGGCGCUCUGGUCCUCGCGCUCGUCGCCCGGAUGCGCCCCGCGGAGACCCUGGCGCCUAAAACUGCGGGAGCCCAUGCCCUAUGCUCAGAGAGGGUAGCCACCCUUGGAGCCUUCCCGCAUCCGCGGCUCCUCGCCCGCCUUCAGGGACCGGCGUACCGCCGGCCGGGCGUACCUAGGAAAUCCAGCUUUGUGGACAAGCCCCAGUUUCCACUUCCGCCUCCUCCUCGUCAGUCCAGGACCACACAGGUCCUCUCUGCCCCCGCGCUUCGGGGCCCCUCCGCGCUGCGCUCACCUGCCCUGUUUCGUAAUGAUCAUCUCGGUUUGGUGGCGGUGGAACUUGAGCCACAGAGGCCGGUUGCACAGGAAAACAUUCCAACAUUAACCGGUCACCAGCGCUUCGCCUGGACUCUGGGCAAACGUCAAUGGGUUUUUUGUGGAAAACAGAAAAGUGAAUGCCAGAAUUGCAGGACAGCUGUUGAUGGGAACAACCACCAUGUAGCCACUGAGAAAUAUUAUCGUGAAAUCACUUGCACAUCACUAACAGGAUCAGCAGAAUCAAUGGAAAUUAAUGUUUCAACAGAAGGCACCUCUAUGAUGCAGGUGUGGCAGGAUGUCUACACAACAGGUGGGCAGAAUCAAAUCCUGUUGACCAGAGCUUCAGGUGACAUGGGCAGCUGGAAUCUCCCAUCCAGGCCCGAGCUGCGCGGGCCGCUGGUCCCACCUGGGCCUGGGCUGGGAUUUGGGGGACGUCGGGGCCCUUCUCGUCUCCCCGGCAGACGCUCGAAGCCUCUGAAUCGCGCCCGGGUCGGGAAGAGGGACUGCCCGGUGGGUCAGGCCCUCCGCUGCGAGCGGGGCUUCUGCGGCCGCCCGAACCCCGCGACGCGCAGCGCGGGGACGCGCGGCGCCCGCGGAGCAGCCAACUCCGCCUCCAGGGAGUCUCCAAGGGCUCCGCGCUCCCGGCGAACGCCAGCAUCACCGUGCACCGUCGCCCCCACCCACGGACCGGCAGGCGUCCUGAGCAAAAAAUGCCGAUUCCAGGCAGGGGUUGGAACCCAGACGUCUGCUCCCGGGACAGGAGGGGCCUCCCCGAGCGUGGGUUCCCGGUUUUUGCCCCGCGGCCGGCUUCGAACUCCAAAGGCACUCCGGGUUGCCCUCGGGCAGUGGAGCGCCUCAGUUCCCCUUGGUCCCUUUGUCUGGAAUAAAAAGAUAUUGGGGGUGGGUCCCACAUAAUUCCCCCGUCCUCCCUCUUUGCCUUUUCACGCCACGAACCUUUCUCCCUGUGUGUUAGGUCAGCCUCGAAGGCAGAGGCUAACUAAGUUGGACUUCUUUGACUCCACCAAACAGAGAUAAAUGUGUAUGUGUAUCAUAU